AUGAGCCGAAGAUCCACAACGACACCCAACGGCUCAGUCUCCGCCGGCUCCGCCACGACGUCCACCCCCUCCACCGCCACGGACAACCAACUUCUUUUCCCGCCCACCCUCCCGCCGCUCCGACAAGUCCUCGUCCUCCUGUCGGCAGGAGCCCCAGAAGCCCUCCUCUCCGUCCCCAUAGACGCGCCCCCGACGCUUGCCUUGUGGCCGCCGCUUUGGAUCCCUCCUCCCGGCGUGCCCGUCCCCGACCCGCCGCUGUUGUCCCACUGGCAGCCCCCCGUCCCCCCGGCAAACACAGUCGUCAACCGCCUCCCGCGGGCACUAGAGCCCUCGGCAACGGUCUACGAGGACCUCCACUCUGGGCAGGGGCCGGAUGCGCGGCGGCGACGGCUCCCGCCCUGGGCGGCGGGUGGGCCCCUCCCGCAGCCGGUCGACCAGAACCGCCGCGAUGUCCUCCGUCAGCCGGGGCCCACCGCCCCAAGUGUUAGCAAUAUCGACAACCAUCCGCUGGGGAAGAAGCAGGGAGUAAAGGACGGGAAGCGGCACGAUGUGCCUUGCCUGACAAGUUCAUGCAAUGCUUGGGGCUAG